AUAUUUAAAAAUUCGGUCGGAUAUUUUUGUUUUUAUUUUACUAAUUUCCGACUUUUGUCGUGUUAUUACUUGACUUAAUUAACAAAAUUAGGUAACAAGGUGUAAUAUGAAAAAAAUGUGAUCCCAAAUUUUGUAUUUACCUUUCGAUUGUGAAUGCAUUUAUUGGUUUUAAGAAGGAGGUUAAUAUUAUCUCGUUGAUAAACAGCCACAAUUAUUAUUAUAGAAGUUAAUUAAUUAUGAGUUCGCAGAAUAUGUUCAACUCGACAGAGUUUGAUGCCCUGGAGGCACCACCACACAUGUAUUUUCUUGAAAUUGACGGACAUAAUAUUAUUGAAAACCCAGUGGAAUCUCAAGCUAUUCCUCUGAACAUGAUUCUUAAUCCACAAAAUGAUCAUAUUUUGUUACCACUUGUGAAAGGCAGAUCGCCAUCUGAACAAUUGUGUGUUUAUGUAGAUCCUAAUGAUGUGCUUGAUGAUCAACAUGUUCAGAAUUACAUCAAUAAUCAAAGACAUUUAUCAGUCAAUGGAAAUGGCUCCUUACCAACAACUACAGAAGCUAGUAGUCAUAUUGCAGAAACUAAUGGAGUUUUGCAAAAACCCAGCACAAGUGAUAAAACUUCUCCCAACAAUUCAAAAUGUUGUAAAGAACUCGAAAGUAAAGAAGAUGAGAAAAAAACAUUGAAAAAAGAUCAAGGAUUUGUUCACUUUGCGGAUCGCAUUGUGCCUCCCCGAGCCAUAGCCGUGUUGCCCGCGGCGCUGCAGAUCCGGCGCGGGAGCGUGACGCCAAAACGUCUGAUGCCAGAGAGAGUUCGAUUUGGUCCAGUACAAGGGGUUACGAAGUCAGUAACAAAGUCUGAAGCCCGGGAUAUACUUUGUAAUGCUGUAACUUCAAGGAUCCCUGUAUUCUUUCUAAAAAGUGAUAACAAUGUCACACAUAUUGAUGUUUCUGAUAGAGAUAAGUCCAAUUGGUUUAGUUUGCUGCCUUUGGGAACUCAAAGUACGGCAAAUGUGUGGUUAUAUGAAGAUGGUAACAAGCUAUAUGGAAUAACAGCGCACUCAGUAAAACCCAAGACACCCUUGGCCAUAGGAUACAGUAAACACUAUGCACAGGAGCAUAAUCUACCUUCGGAUCUACCAAUAUUAGACCUAACACGAGACCUACCAGAACUGCAGCGGCGGUGGUGGUGUUACGAAUGCCAUCGAGCAUUGCCCACUGCGUCUCAGCUUCAGUAUCAUGUGGAUAUUUAUCAUCAUAAGGAAAAAGUAACAUCGAUGGGGCGAUACCGAUGCCGACAAUGCACCAGAACAUUUGGAAGGCGGUUCACCUUGAAACGACACAUGGCGCGCUACUGUACCAAAAAGCCAGAAAAAGUUGAUAAUAAUAAAACAAAUACUAUAUCAGAAAUAGGACAGAAUGUGUCAUUAAAUGUAGAUGAUACUAGAUUGCCAUCGGAUGAAAGUCUGCAGAACUUCACAAGUGGGAUUGAUUUCUCAACCAAUUUGUUCGACACAGACAGAAUGGCAGGACUUGACAUAUCAGGGAGCUCAAGAUCCGAAACAGAAUUCAAUUCUUACGGAAUACCUUUCAAGGAUAACAAUGAUUUAGAUGUGCAAUUGGGACAACUUGCAGGCAACAUUGGUAAAUCUGGAAAUGAGGAUCAAGAAAAAAAGGAAAAUAAUUCAAGCGAACCUUUAACUAUUUUAAUAUCAUGCCUAUACUGCAAGCAAACAAUUUUGAGGGAGAAAAAACGGAAGCAUUUAAGGGAAUGUCCUCAGAGAAAAUUCGAUUGUAUGUGCGGCGUUGCAUUCAACAGCUCAGAGAAACUUGCUCGUCAUGUACAAACUGAGCAUCGAGAAAAACAAGAUAAAAACGCACCAAAGACUGAAACAAACGAUGAGGCGAAUAGUACGGAGUUCAAAUGUGAAAAAUGUCCACUAGUAUUCAAGCGGCGAGGCAUGUUCGUGAAUCACAUGUGGCGCGUGCACCGCGCGGCCGCCAGCGCGCCGCUGCAGCGCCGCGUGCGCCUCUACCCGUGCGGCGCCUGCGCCAAGCUCUACCGCACCGCCGCCAAGCGCGACGCCCACCGCGCGCACCACCACCCCGGUGCAAACCUAAUACGAGCGCAAACUAUCGAGAGCGGUCUGAGGGCGUGCGAGCCGGCCGCGUGCGAGGCGUGCCCUCGCCAGUACGCCACCCGCGCGAAAUUGCUACAGCACGUCCGCCAGCACCACCCGGACCUGGCUCCACCGUUAAAAAAUACUUCAAAAGUCAAACAUCAACAGGUGCAAAAGGAAGUUCCUUCGAAAUCUAAGUCUCUACGAGGCAAACGUGGACACUUAUGAUUAAAAAUAUGAUUAUUAAAAUGGUCACCAAAGA